UUCUCGGUGUCAAUUGAUGAAGGCCCAGUCCCGUCUCUCUAGUAUGAGUACUCUCUAUCUCGUCUCGCCGUUUCCCCCCAACACCGCCCUUCGUUCCUUCGUGUGACUCUCACUCCGCUCCGGACAUGGCAAAAAAGACCCCCAGCCCUCCGCCGAGGGCAAGAUCUCGCCGGGGCGCGGCGCCGCCGUCGCCAACCCCAGCCGCUGCUCUGAGCCCUCCCUUCUCCCCUGCCCCGUUGCGCACCCGCCUUGGCGCUGCUGCGGCGGCGGCGGCCGCCGCCGCCUCCUCAUCCCCCGUCGAGCACCCAUGCGUCACGCUGUGGGAAUGGUGGCCGGUGAUGGUGGAAGGGGAGGAGCGGAAGCUCGCGGUUUCCGGCUUCACUGAAAGGAAUGACGCAUUCACUUCUGCACCCAUAGCACAUCGUUAUGAGCCUCUCACGCUCCAGGAUGAAGGUGGGGUUGUGGUGCUCCUUCAUGGUUCAAUUAACUUAUUGCGAAUGCGUGAAAAUGGAUUUUCUGUGCAGAUAUGCGAACAAUUCAUGAUUGGAUUUCCGUCCUGGUGGGAGACUUGGGAUUCACACAUGGGGUCUUACCCAAACUGUUUUAUUGAUCCACGAGAGGGUUCAGCUCAGUUUUACCUGGAGAAAUUCCAGCUAGGCAAUUUUAUUCAAAAGUUUGGACCCUCGUUCAUCGAGGACCUUCUUAAUAAUGCUAAAAAUUUCCCAAUUGACCAUCUCGAUGCAUUCACAGAGAGUUCAAGAUUCCAGGAAUACAACUGUGGAAAUGAUGCUUCAACCAAGGAAAAUUCUGCUGCUUCAGAUGAUGCCAGACCCGCAACUGUAGCUAAUGUGGAAAUAGGCUUGACUGCGAGCAGCAUUUCACAAGAAAGAGAUCAUGUGGACAUUGAGUGUAAUGUAUCUCUUGCUUCUGCAGAAACAUAUACUGGUGAUGAAACUUGCAAAGAGGCAGGAAAUCAGAAUGACACUAUGCAUCCAGAUGCAAGGGAAGACGAUGCUGGUAGCCAUCUUUUCAACUCCGAUUGGACUUGCACUAUGUUCCCUGAUCAUAUGCCCAAUGACUCGGAAGGUGGAAAUGCCACCAGUGCUGAAAAUACCACCAUGUCCCCUGGUAAUAUGCCCAAUGACUCGGAAGGUGGAAAUGUCACCAGUGCUAAAAAUGCCACCAUGUCUCCUGAUCAUAUGUCCCCUGAUAAUAUGCCCAAUGACUCGGAAGGUGGAAAUGCCCCCAGUGCUGAAAACUCAGUAGAACUGCUGGCUAAAUAUCAUUUAGCCAUAGUACCGCCUGAAUGUGCUAAUUGCUGCUCAGAGAUUCCUGGUGCUUCUCAAAGUGUUGAACCCUCAAGUUAUGAAAGUACUCCAGUGGCCUCAUUGAAGAACCAACACUGCUUGGAAACAACUGAGCACAUCACAUUGACUCAGAAGGCAGUAUCAAAUGAAGAUACACCAUCUUCAAUUCACUCAGAUGUGCAAUCUCAGGAAAAACAGACUGUAGGUUCAGCAGAGAAGCGAAGAUCUGCAAAGCAAGUGUUGGAGCGUCCUACUAGAUCGCCAAUGACCAGAACUUCAGCUCCAUAUGGGCAUAAAUCUCGGCUUACUCGUUCUAGGGCCCAGUCAUUAUCUAUUUCCACACCUGAGUGUCUCAAAAUGAGAAGAACCAAAUCAGGUCGAGUGGUAGUACCCCUAUUGGAUCCAGGAAGCAGUAGGAUUGUCUAUGAUAACAAUGGGUUGAUUUCAGGCGUCGCUCCUGUGGAUGGUUUGUUGAGAAGCUCCCCUGCCAAAUUUGCAUGCCACUCAGUACUACGUAUAUAGUUUUCCCUCGGUAAGCAUAAUAAUCACGUGUGUCCUUGGGUGAUAGGGAAGAAGUCAGCGAGACCUGCAAGGAAGACAAGGGGGCGUCUCUGAGUGACCUCUUGGACUGUCCAGAAGCUAACAACCUGGAAUUUCGACAUGGAAGUCCCAAGGCUCCAGCACCAGCACCAAGCGGUCGGCGACAGUAUAAGAUCCACUUGUUUGUACGGUGGAACAUCUCUGCUGGAUAUUUGCUGAUUAGGACCUUGUAACAGCAGAUGUGGGCAGCUUUUAUUUCCAUUUUGUGUGUCCCAUGCCCUAACUAACUAAAUCUUACUGGAGUGCCACAAACAUGGCAUAUCUUGCUCUUAACUAGUAAAUCUUACUGGAGUGCUGCAAAA